CUUUGCAGCUCCGAUCACAAAUUGACGUCGUCCUCCUCUUCUGCAUACCCCACCACAGAAAUCAAUCUGUUUCCUUACCACUGCCAUACAAACCUCACCACGAUGCACCCCCACAUCCUCAUUGUAACGCUUCCCUCACAAGGCCACAUCAACCCAACUCUCCAACUAGCUAAGCUCCUCAUACGUGCCGGUGCCCAUGUCACCUUUUUCACUAGCACUUCCGCCGGUACCCGUAUGUCCAAGUCCCCAAACCUGGAUGGAUUAGAGUUUGCCACAUUCUCGGAUGGCUAUGACCAUGGCCUCAAACAAGGCGAUGAUGUCGAGAAAUUCAUGUCCCAGAUUGAGCGUCUCGGGUCCCAAGCUCUUAUUGAGCUUAUCAUGGCCAGUGCUAAUGAAGGUCGUCCCUUUGCUUGCUUACUCUAUGGUGUCCAAAUUCCUUGGGUAGCAGAGGUGGCCCAUAGCCUUCACAUCCCUUCCGCACUUGUUUGGACUCAACCGGCCGCUGUUUUUGAUAUCUAUUACUAUUAUUUCAAUGGUUAUGGAGAGCUCAUCCAGAACAAGGGCGAUCAUCCCUCCUCUACCAUUGAAUUACCAGGACUCCCGUUGCUUAACAACAGUGAUCUUCCCUCCUUUUUAAUUCCCCCAAAAGGGAAUACGUACAAAUUUGCCCUCCCAGGGUUUCAGAAGCACCUAGAGAUGCUCAACUGUGAAAGCAACCCGAAAGUACUGGUAAACAGUUUCGAUGCAUUAGAAUCUGAGGCCCUAGGAGCUAUCAACAAGUUUAACUUGAUGGGAAUUGGACCCUUGAUUCCGUCCGCUUUCUUGGAUGGAAAAGAUCCAUCCGAUACUUCAUUUGGAGGCGAUCUUUUCCGCAGUUCAAAGGACUAUAUCCAGUGGCUGAACUCAAAGCCUGAAUCUUCUGUCAUAUAUGUAUCAUUCGGAAGCCUGUUCGUGUUGUCAAAGCAACAGUCAGAGGAGAUUGCUCGUGGACUGCUGGAUGGAGGACGGCCUUUCCUGUGGGUCAUACGACUUGAGGAAAAUGAAGAAGAAAAGACACUGAGUUGCCAUGAAGAGUUGGAACGGCAAGGAAUGAUGGUACCAUGGUGUUCUCAAGUUGAAGUUCUAUCACAUCCAUCAAUGGGGUGUUUUGUGACACACAGUGGGUGGAAUUCAACAUUAGAGAGCUUGACUUCUGGGGUACCAGUUGUGGCAUUUCCUCAGUGGUCUGAUCAAGCGACAAACGCGAAGCUGAUUGAAGUCGUGUGGAAGACGGGUUUACGGGCGAUGGUGAACCAAGAAGGAAUAGUAGAAGCUGAUGAAAUCAAGAGGUGCUUGGAACUGGUGAUGGGAAGUGGAGAAAGGGGUGAAGAAAUGAGAAGGAACGCAACGAAAUGGAAGGUUUUAGCUAGAGAAGCUGUGAAGGAAGGUGGAUCAUCUGACAAGAAUCUUAAGAAUUUUAUGAAUGAGGUAAUGCGCAGCAAGGUUACUUGUAGUUCUUGAUCCAUAUAAUGUCAUAACAAUGUGUUUGUAUCCAGAUGAGCUAUCUCAAUUCAGUAAUAUGCAUACCGACACCUUCCUUUUAACAGCAUUAUAAUCAUUACUCAGUCAUGGCCGCCACCAUAAGGUCCAUGUAAAUUUGGUCAUGGCUAUAGUAAAUG